ACCAAGAUUGGCCUGAAUGCCAAGUGUCACGUCUGGAAGAGACCUGGCACCAUCCCUAUGGUGAAGCAUGGUGGUGGUGGUGGCAGCAUCAUGCUGUGGGGAUGUUUUUCAGCGGCAGGGACUGGGAGACUAGUCAGGCUUGAGGCAAAGAUGAACAGAGCAAAGUACAGAAAUCAUUGAUUUAAAACCUGCUCCAAAGCGCUCAGGACCUCAGACUGGGGGCAAAGGUUCACUUUUCAGCAGGACUGUGACCCUAAGCACACAGCCAAGACAACGCACAAGUGGCUUCAGGAAAAGUCCUUGAGUGGCCCAUCUGGAGCCCGGACUUGAACCCAAUCGAAACAUCUCUGGAGAGACCUGAAAAUAGCUGUGCAGCAACGCUCUCCAUCCAACCUGCCCGAGCUUGAGAGGAUCUGCAGAGAAGAAGGGGAGAAACUCUCUAAAUACAGGACAGUGAAGUGUCAGACUUCGAGCCUGCACCGGGGCUUGUGAGCACUAUGGAGGGGGAGAAGGCACCGGUGUACUGCAUUUGUCGAAAACCUGACAUCAAUUGCUUCAUGAUGGCUCACAUCUGUUUUCCUUGUAGUGGUUGUGACAAUUGCAAUGAGUGGUUUCAUGGUAACUGCAUCAAUCUCACAGAGAAGAUGGCCAAAGCUAUCAGGCAGUGGUACUGCCUGCGAUGCCAAGACGACAACCCAUCAUUGGAGAUAAAAUACCGUCCAAAGAAGAGCCGUGAAAAGGAGCCAGAGAGCCAGAGAGAGUCAGAGAGAAAUUUUGAAAGACAGAACAGCACUCCAGAUUAUAAAUCUGAAAAGUGCCGUGGAUCAAAUGUUAAGCGCUCCGCUCGUAUGUGUGGGGAGUGCGAGCCCUGCUUGAGGACUGAGGACUGUGCCACAUGCGACUUCUGCAAGGAUAUGAAGAAAUUUGGUGGUCCCAACAAAAUAAGACAGAAGUGUCGAUUUAGGCAGUGUGAUGUCCGAGCCAGGAAAAUGUUGCGUGUGAAGGAUGAAGAGUUUAAUUUGCGUGAAAGGAGGGAUAAUUCCUACCACCGGCGAAGACGAUAUUCAGAUGACUACGAUAGUGAGGCAGAACUCUACGAAAAGUACAAGGCGGCAGGAUACGACGAAAACAUGCCAUGGCUCAGUAAUGAGGAGGACGGCCCUCCCUUCAGCCCUGUCCGGCGAAAGAAAGCUGUUAAGGUCAAGCAUGUGAAGAGACGUGAAAAUAAAUUUGACAAGAAAAGAGAGUCACGGCGGCACAAACAGAAGCAGAAGCACAAGGACAAACUUCGGCACAACAAUAAGGGCGAUGCCAGAGAUGGAGGAGGACAGCGGCAGUGCCUCGGGCCCAGCUGUGUUGAGGCAGCAUGCGCCAACUCCAAAUACUGCUCAGAGGAAUGUGGCAUAAAGCUGGCUGCCAACCGGAUCUUUGAGAUUCUCCCUCAGCGUAUCCAGCAGUGGCAGCAGAGCCCCUGCGUCGCUGAGGAGCAGGGCAAGAAGCAACUGGAGCGGAUCCGGAGGGAUCAGCAGAACGCCCGCAUACGCCUCACCGACAUGGAGAAACGCUUCCACGAGCUGGAGGGCAUCAUUGCCAAGGCCAAGCAGCAGGUGGUCCAGCAGGAUGAGGAGGCGAAUGAAGGGGAUAAUGAAGAAACAGAUCUGCUGAUUUUCUGUGUGUCCUGCAGUCACCCUAUCAACCCAAAAGUGGCAUUGCGACACAUGGAGAGAUGUUAUGCUAAGUAUGAGAGCCAGACUUCUUUUGGUUCCAUGUACCCAACUAAGAUCGAAGGAGCAACAAGACUGUUCUGUGAUGUGUACAAUCCCCAGAGCAAGACCUACUGCAAGAGGCUUCAGGUCUUGUGCCCAGAGCAUUCCAGGGACCCAAAGGUCCCAGGGGAUGAGGUGUGCGGCUGUCCUCUGGUCCGUAAUGUGUUUGAGGUGACGGGAGAGCACUGCAGGGUUUCUAAGCGCAAAUGUAAUAAGCACUACAACUGGGAGAAGCUCAGAAGAGCCGAGGUGGACCUGGAGCGUGUCCGAGUGUGGUACAAACUAGACGAGCUCUUUGAGCAGGAGCGCAACAUGAGGACUGCUAUGACCAACAGGGCAGGUCUACUUGCUCUCAUGCUGCACCAAACCAUUCAGCACGACCCACUGACAACGGAUCUCCGUUGCAACAAGGACAGAUAGACAGCCACAUCUGCAUCUUCAUGUUAUUUCUGAGUGGCAUUUUUGUACAUUUGUCAGAUUUAUAGUAUAUCUUAGAAUAUAAUCCUUUCCAUCUUUUUGUAGAGGCUUCGGCUAUUUUUAUUAAGGAUUUUAUGACUUUUGUGCUGAAAUUGAUUAACUGAAAUAUUUGAAUGAUAAAUUAAUAUAUUUUUCCUUGUGUCCAGUACUAUUGCUGCACUGUCACUGCUGGUAUCUCUCUAGUCAAGAAAAUAAAGGAUGUGUACAACACAAGAAGUUGAUAAUUUUCUGUUGCAUUUA